AUGGAUUUAUACCACUACUUAUUUAAAUUCAUUAUAGUUGGAGAUGCUAGUGUAGGAAAGUCUUGCAUACUUCUUAGAUAUACGGAGAAAUAGUUUAGAGACGAACAUGACACGACAAUAGGAGUGGAAUUCGGAUCAUAAGUCUUAAAGAAGAAUGACAAAACAUUGAAAAUACAAAUCUGGGAUACUGCCGGUUAAGAAUCAUUUAAAUCGAUAACAAGAUCAUAUUAUAAAGGGUUGAUAAUAGUCUCUAUAUUUAAGUUCUAUUGGAGUGCUCUUGGUCUUUGACAUUACCAAUCCAGAUUCUUUUCAUAAUGUCUAAAAGUGGUAUAGCGAAGUAAGUGAACAGGCAGCACUCAAAUGCACUAUAGUAUUGGUUGGCAAUAAAACAGAUCUUGAAUCAAAGUAAGCUAAUGCUUUAAACUUAGACGAAUGAUUACAACAAAUGAGGGGAAGGCCUUGGCAGAUUAAUACAAGAUGCAAUAUAUUGAAACAUCUGCUAAAACCAAUCAAAAUAUUGAUUUGCUCUUUGAAACUACUGCAUAGCAAAUCUUAGAUAAAAUUGACAAAAAUUUAAUUGAUUUUGCAAACGAAGUAUCCAUUCAAUCUAUAUUUUUAGGAUAGUGGCAUUAAAUUGGGGACAUUUUAUAAACAAGCCUAACAAGGGAAUAAAGACAAGGACGAUGAUUGUAAGUGUUGAACGUCCUUUAAAUUUAUAUCAACUAUAAUAAAACUUUAAAUCUUG